UCCAAGCUUGAUAAACCAUUCAAGUUCAGUUAACAGCAAACUGUUACCACUAUGGCAUCUACUACCCGAUUCAGACUCGUCUUUAACGUGCCUAAAUUAUCGUUGGCUCAAUGUAAAGAGGCCAUUUUCGCUGCUGGAGCAGGUCGCUUACCCGGCCCGGGUAAUUAUACCGAGUGUUGUUGGACUGUCAUUGGGACCGGCCAGUUUCGCCCUGGCGAUGCAGCCAAGCCACACCUUGGCGAAGUCGGAAAGCUUGAGGAGGUUGAAGAGGCAAGGGUUGAAACUAUUUGCGUGGGUGAAGACGUUGCCAGGAACGCCGUCAAAGCUCUGAAAAGCGCCCAUCCCUAUGAAGAGCCCUCUUACUCUGUGUAUCGACUAGAAGAUUUUUGAGGGGAACAUGGAUGGCGUAGUGAUUAAAGGCAGGGUGGCAAGUUGUACCGGAAAGGCCGUUGAUUAUGAUUAUAAGUGUCUGCCAUAGCAGGAACCACAGUGGAAGGACAUGUGCAGAAGGAGAAGAAACAAAACCCACGAUGAAUAGUCUAUAUAAAAAUAUUUCUUGAAAAAAGAAAUAAAAC